GUUAUUACGGCGGACCCUGAGCCAUAGGGCUUGUCUCUGCGUCAGAGAGAGUUCCCUUAUCGAUUGGCUGCGCCCUGUGCAACGAGGAGGCGUAUAAAAUAGACACUUUUAAGGAAUUUCACAGACAUUUAGUGGGUUACACGGUGUGGAGGCUGGCUGAAAGAUUCUUCCGUACAAUUUUCGUCAAUCUCAAGUGAAGAACAUGCAGAGCUGCGCUAAAUCCUGGCGUGUUGUCAUCAGCAGGUCGAUGAACGCUCGCGUGCCGUACAGGAAUUUCAGCAGUAAAGGGGAUGUUUUUAAGAAACUUCAACGUUUAACCGCAGAUGUGUCUGCAAAUGUGCGCUGUAUGGGCACCUCACAAGUUUUGUGGUCUAGGAAGAUUGAACGAAUCCUGCCGAGACACGAUGAUUUUUCUGAAAGACACAUUGGACCGGGUGACAAAGAAAAAAGAGAGAUGCUUAAUACCCUUGGACUUGAGUCAAUUGCUCAGCUUAUAGAAAACACAGUUCCCCCAUCCAUCCGCCUGGGAAGAAGUUUGAAAAUGGACGAUCCUGUGUGUGAAAAUGAAAUUCUUGAUUCGCUCCAAAAGAUUGCAUCGAGGAACAAGAUGUGGAAUCUUUCAGAGAGUGAGGAAGAGGAGGAGGAAGAGGUGAUCCUGACAGAUGAAGAGAUGAAUAAACUGGGAGCCAAACUCGUCAAGGCAGAACUCAUGGGAAACACGGCGCUGGUGGAAAAGCUAAAGGCUCAGAUGGAAGCCGCCCGUCGAGCCAAAGAGAACCGAGCUCAAAGAAAAGACCAGAACAAACAGGUUUCUGCACCAACAGACUCAGAAAAGGAAGUGAUUCUGUUCAGGACCGACCCAUGGGGACGAGCCUGGCCAGUCAAAGCCCCGUCCCAAACACAGGAGCCUAGAGGAGGAAGGAGGAAGCAGAAAGCGGUGAGACACACACUCACAUAUACAGCUUUGCUGGGUAGUGAUAGCUAA